UGAUUCAUACAUACCCAGGCGGCUUGACUAAUACCUCCACUUCUGUUUCCUUCUCUCCAUAAAAUCCCACGUUCCAGGCGUCGCCUCGUCCUCUCCUCGACCUCGUCCUCAUCCGCAUCCUCGUCGCCGUCGCCGUCACUCACGUCUCCUUCCACAAACACACCCCACCCGGUCGUCGGCUAGCGCCAAUCAAUUGAUCAGCAAAGCAAAAGGCGCGACUAUCCCUCAACAUGCCCAUGCUUGCAGAGCCCUGGAAAAAAUAUCAACCCUUCAAGCCAUUGCACCUGCCGGACAGGACAUGGCCAAACAAGACAAUUGACAAGCCCCCUCGCUGGCUGUCAACCGACUUGAGAGAUGGCAACCAGAGCCUGGUCGAUCCUAUGGAUGGCGCGCAAAAAUGGGACUACUUUCAGAUGCUUGUCAAGCUUGGGUACAAGGAGAUUGAAGUAUCCUUUCCCUCGGCCUCGCAAACUGACUUUGACUUUACACAACGCCUUAUCCAAACACCCGGCAUAGUGCCCGACGAUGUCGCGAUCCAGGUUCUUUCGCCAUGCCGCAAGGAACUCAUCCGCCGCACCGUCGACUCCCUCAAGGGCGCGCGCAAAGCCAUCCUCCACCUGUACCUGGCCACCAGCCCGUGCUUCCAGCAGAUUGUCUUCAACAUGAACAAUGAGGAAACCAUUGCCCUAGCCGUCGAAUGCACAAAGUACGCACGAUCAAUUACAAAGGACGACCCUGAGCAGGCCGGCACCCAUUGGUCAUACGAGUUUUCUCCAGAGACGUUUUCAGACUCGUCUCCAGAGUUCGUCAUCGAGGUGUGCGAGGCAGUCAAGGCUGCAUGGGAGCCUUCGGUCGAGAACCCCCUUAUUUUCAACCUGCCAGCUACGGUUGAGAUGUCGACGCCCAAUGUGUACGCGGACCAGAUUGAAUAUUUCUGCAAAAACAUUAGCGAGAGGGAGAAGAUCUGCGUGUCGCUGCACCCGCACAACGACCGGGGCUGUGCAGUCGCCGCCGCAGAAUUGGCUCAGAUGGCGGGUGCAGACCGUGUAGAGGGCACGCUGUUUGGCAAUGGAGAGCGCACUGGAAAUGUCGACCUCGUGACUCUGGGCCUGAACCUGUACACGCAGGGAAUACACCCCAAGAUUGACUUCUCCGAUCUCAAGUCGGUCAUUGACAUGGUCGAGAGCUGCAACAAGAUUCCAGUCCAUCCUCGCGCACCGUACGGAGGCCAGCUCGUCGUAUGCGCCUUCAGUGGGUCGCAUCAGGACGCUAUCAAGAAGGGAUUCCAGAUGCGCAAGAAGAACGGCGCGACAAACGAGAGCCGAUGGCAAAUACCCUACCUCCCGCUCGACCCUCAAGAUAUCGGCCGAACGUACGAGGCGAUUAUCCGCGUCAACUCGCAAAGUGGAAAGGGAGGCAUUGCCUGGAUUAUCCAGCGUCAGCUCGAACUGGACCUGCCGCGCGGUCUGCAGAUUGCAUUCUCCAAAAUUGUGCAGAAAGAGACGGACAUGCUCGGUCGCGAGCUGUUGCCCACGGAAAUCACCGUGCUUUUCGAAGAGGCUUACCACCUCAAGCGUAACCCCCGCUUCUCUCUCAUCGACUACGAAAUCAAAGCCGAUCGCUCAGCGACACCUCAACCACCACAAGAGGGCCGGACCGUCAACAGCCGCAAUCUACGCCGAAUAUUCACUGGCGUGAUUGAGAUUGACGGCCAGGAACACACCAUUCAGGGCUCGGGCAAUGGUGCAUUGUCGUCGCUAGCUGAUGCUCUGAGAAGCCUGGGUAUCGAUCUGGAUGUUGUAGAUUACAACGAGCAUACGAUUGGCACAAGCAAGGACGCCAAAGCAGCAACAUACAUAGGAUGUACCGCGGCCGGAAGCAGCCAGAAGGUGUGGGGAGUGGGCAUUCAUCAGGAUGUUGUUCAAGCAUCUCUGACUGCCAUGUUGAGUGCCGCUUCUUCGUUUCUUUCGUCAAGACCGACGACGCCUAUUCCUUUCCGGCCCAAGCGAUCCAAUACUCUGGAGAUUCCUAGUCCCGAGUCGAGUCCUACGCACAAGGAGAAAAGGGCCAAUGGCGCGACUAUAGUGGACAAGCUGGAAGCGGCCGUCAAUGGGGAUCAAGGUCAGGUGCAGAGUGGGGGGGCGUAAGGGGGCGUAGAAUGGGUGAGAUGAGCAAAUUGGAUUCUGGGCAUAUGUGUUUCAUGUGGGACGAGGCCUUCAAACGUCAUGAGGGACGUGUGUCAACAAAAAGCGGUGGUUUAGGUUGAUAGAAUGUAUGCAUCAGCCAGACGGCGACACUGAG